AUGGAGGAUCAAAAGCAGACGAGUUUUACUUUUGAGAUGGAUAACUUCUCCGACAAGGAAUGUUUCGUAUAUUCUCCAAAAUUCUCAAGCGGCGGCUGCGAAUGGUUUGUUAGGGUUUAUCCCAAAGGAUAUAUUGUUGAUGAGCACUUGUCUCUCUUCCUCUGUGUUGCGAAUCCUAAAUCAUUGCGACUUGGAUGGAAAAGACGAGCAAGUUAUACCUUCGCUCUGUUGAAUGAAUCAGGCAAAGAGCUCGUCAGAACAACGGAAUCGUCGUUAUACUGCCAAUUGUUCUGCGCUCAGUUCUCAGCAUGGGGAGUUGUCACUGGUAAUGAGACGUUCGAUUAUUAUGGUUUCCAAAUUCUUAAUUCACAGGUGGUUUCAGUGGGCGAGCUCUUCACAAAACACCCUGACAUUGAUGCAAAUUUCAGACCAAAGAACCAAUUGGCCAAGACAACAUACAUGAAUCUCCUCCUCGGUCUCAUAGAGACACUGGACAAGCCUCCACAUAGCAUCACCGACACUGAGCUAGGCAACGCUCAGAAUGACUUGAUCGAGCUAACAGAUCUAGCCGGAUUCAAGCUAGACUGGUUGAAGAAAAAGUUUGAUGAGGUUUCCUUGGAGAGGAAGAAACCAAAUGGUGGUGAUGAUACUCAAGUCCAAGAACAUAUCAAGAAUCUCAACCUUGAACUGGAAAAGGAGAAGGUCAAGUCUGCUACUUAUGCUGCUAGAGUAUUGUCGAUGGAGAAGACUGUCUCGGAUCUCAACGAUGAGGUGUUGAAUCUUAAAGAUGAGCGGAACAAGGAAAAGGGCAAAUCUAAUAAUUAUGCUGCUAAAGUUUGGUCUAUGGAACAGACGGUGUCGGAUCUUAAAGAUGAGCUGGACAAGGAGAAGCGCGAAGCUGUUGUUAAAAUUGUGGGUCUUAAAGAUGAGGUGUCGGAUCUUGAACAUGAGGUGUUUGAUCUUGAAACUGAGCUGAACAAGGAGAAGGGCAAAUCUAAUGCUUGUGAUGCUAAAGUUAUGUCAUUAGAACAGACGGUGUCGGAUCUUAAAGAUGAGCUGGACAAGGAGAAGCACAAAUCUGCUGCUAAAGUUCUGUUGUUAAAUAAGACAGUGUCGGAUCUUGAAGAUGAGCUGAACAGGGAGAAGGGAAGAUCUGCUGAUGAAGUUUGGUCAUUGGAGCAGACAGUGUUGAAUCUCAGAGCUGAGUUGAACAAGGAGAAGGCUGCUGCUUGCUCUUGGGAAGUAUUGGAUUACGAGGAUCUCCCUAAUGAUAAGUAG